AUGGAGUACACGCGCAAGAUCCAGCCGACUCCGGGUGCCGAGGGCCCCGCGGCCGGCGGCGAGGACCGCGUGCUGGCGUUCGGCAAUGUCGAGCUGCUGGGCGCCAAGGAGGGCGAGGACAAGAACGCCGCAGAGAUGGCCGUGGCGCGCGGUUUCGCGACCGUGAUCCGCCACCGCACCGACGAGGAGCGCAGCAGCGUGUACGAGCGGCUGAUCGAGCUGGAGGAGGCCGCCAAGACCGCCAAGAGGGGGCUGCACUCCAACAAGGCAAGCAAGCGGCAUGGCGCCAACACAGCGCGCCGCCGGCAGCCCGGGAGGACAGAGGUGGCCGCGCCGCGCCUCAACGACGUGAGCCUGCCCGGCAACGCGGCGCGCGCCAAGCAGUACCUGCCGUUCUUCCAGCGCUCGGGGCGCGUGGCCGCCACGGUGGAGUACGUCCUGUCGGGCCACAGGCUCAAGAUCGAGGUGGAGGGCGUCGACAAGGGCGGGACGUUCCUGGGCACCAUCACGCUGCCGGGCGCCAAGCCCGUGAACCUCGGCCUCUCGCUGCUGCGCCAGGGCCUGGCCAAGCUGCAGCCGUUCUUCUCGUCCGACCGCGUCAAGGGCGGCGCCGAGCUGGAGGCCGCGCAGAACGCGGCCAAGCAGGCGCACCUCAAGAUCUGGGAGAGCUGGACCCCCGAGGACGACAAGGUUGAGGGAGACGACGACGACGAGGCCGCAGAGGGGGGCGCGGCCGGCGGCUCCGGCGGCGAGGUGCUCAGCGUGACC